AUGUAUAAUCCUUACCAAGCUCCAGGUCUAUAUGGAAGGCCACCUGAUUUCGGGGCCUACCCGGGAGCUCCUCCCGGCAUGGCUCCCCCUCCCGGAAUGUCCGCCCCCGGAACCACUCCGCCGCCUGGGAUGCAGCAAGCGAAUGCCCAACAGCCAGGCCGGCCUGCGGGCUUCCCUGCGAACUUCCAACCGCCUCCGAAUAUGCCCAACAUCAAUUUCUCCGCGCCUGUGAUUCGCCUGGGAACGUCGGGACCGUCGAAGUCAGCUACUCCGGAUACCAACAAGGAGCGCGAAGCCCCAGGAAGACGUGCCGGGUUGGGCUCAUCGAAUCUGGAAACCCAGCGCCAGAAUGUGCGAGAUGCGAUGCUGCAGCUGCAGCCGCCGACUAGGGAUGAGAUCGUUCGGACGCUCUUUGUUGGGGGGAUUACGGAGGGUGUUGGCGGCGAUGAGGGCGUUGAGAACAUUUUGCGGUCUGCUGGGAAUCUUAGGCGCUGGAUCCGUGCUACGGAUGCGGAUGAAAAGCCGUGCAAGUUCGGUUUCGCUGAGUACGAGGACCCCGAGAGUCUGGGUACAGCCGUAGAAGUACUAAAGGACGUCGAAGUGCCUUUGAAGAGACAGACGCCGUCGGAGGGCGGUAACAAGGAAGAUAGUGAGAUUGAAAAGACCCAACUACUGGUUGUUGUUGACGAGAGCUCUCUGAAAUACCUAGAGCAAUAUGAGGCUAGCAGAGGCGAGGAGGACCCCACGGAGCGGCAAUCCCGCAUAGAUGCUGCGCGCUCGACUCUCUCCAGCGUCCUUUCGGAUUUGUUCCACCCGUCAUCGCCCACCCAGAAAGAGGAUGUUUCGGGUAUUGACCGUGAAGGGGACACUGCGAUGAAGGAUGCAGAGGGCCAGGAUGGUGCAUCGGCUGAAGUUGUCACUAUCCCCAUCACAGUCGAAGAUGAGCUAUCUGAUAUUCCUCCAGAAAUGAGGGAAACGGUUGCUAAGGAGAUCGCAGCUUUCCGCGAGAGAAGCAACCGUAGGGAUAUCGAGCGCCUGAAGAGAGAGGAAGAGAUCGAGUCCAUGGAAAGAGCACGCAACUCAGGUUCUCGCCUCAACCGCCUGGCUUCCCCUCCGCCCACGGCACCAAGCGGACCCGCUGCUGGGGCAAACGGGAUUCCUCUUGGUCCUCGGGACCGCGGCAUGCCGAAUGCGCCAUCUGGCCCGAAGGGUUUUGGCGUGCAGAUCCCGAAGGAUUACCAGAAGGGCGUGGCAUUUGUGAACGGCGGUUCGGUGAAUGGCGCCUCAGUCUACAUUAAUCGUGAAGAUGAAGACUCCGAUGCGAGCGAUGAAGAGCUGGAGCGUCGCCGUCAAGAGAAGAAGGAUAUUGAAGCAGAGAAACAAUUCCUUGAUCAAGAGCGACGCUGGCUCAAUCGCGAACGGAGCAGGACUGCCGCCUUGGAGCGAGAGAAGAAGCGGGAUAAGGAGGAGGAAGCCAAAAUGCAGGAAGUGCGCGAAGAAGCUGAUAAGCAUUUCGGGGAAUGGAACGAUGAUGCGGAGGCUAGCCGUAAGGCCCACGACUACUAUGCGGAUAGGGGCGCGUGGUUGCGCAGUCGUGCAGCUUUCCGAGCACGUGAAGUUAGUAUGGACGAGGCUGACCGUGCUGCCGAAGAGCGGGAGCGGGCUCGCUCUGUCCAACAACGGGAACAGGCACGUGGCAUGGCAGAUGACUUCCUUGCUCGCCAGGCAGAGGAACUGGAGACUCGGCCCCAGGCCCCCAGAGAACCCCAGCGCUUCAAGCUCUCCCUUGGAGCCGCGGCACAGAAGGCUCAGGCUGCAACCAGCCGCCGGACUGUUGCCGAAGUCGAAGGAUUGCUGGAAGACGAAGAAGAGCCGGAAGCCACGGCAAGACGUCCUCUCAUCCCGAUCAAGUUCGACAGCGCUGCGGAGGCUGCCGGACUCAGCGAGGAGGAACGAGCGCAAGCUGCCCGACAACUGGCCGCCGAAAUUCCCACCGAGAAGGAAGGCUUGUGGAACUGGGAGGUCAAGUGGGAGUUUGUGGACGAAAAUGUGGUCAGCGAACAACUCAAACCCUUCGUGGAAAAGAAGAUUGUCGAGUAUUUGGGAGUUCAGGAACAGAUGCUGGUGGACGUAGUGGAGGAGCAUGUUCGAAAGCACGGAAAUCCCCAAGAGCUGGUGGAACAGCUGGAGGAGGCUCUCGACGAAGAGGCAGAAGUCUUGGUGCGGAAGCUGUGGCGAAUGAUCAUUUUCUUCUCCGAAAGCGAGAAGCGAGGCCUGUCUGGUUAG